AUGCAUGCCUUGCCAGAUGCCGGCUUGGCCGUGGUGACUUCCUUGCACGACCGCGUAGUCUUCAGUUUGUUGUUCAGCGCCUGUGCCGGAAGUUACUUUGGUGAGGGCAAAGCUCCUCAUCUUGAUUUGACAAGUGACAGGGCCUUAUUUGUGAGACUGGCGCGAAAGAAGCACUUGAAGUUUCAAACACCCCACAAGCUGGGCAACCACAAGAAGCGGGCCGCAAACCAACAGUCCCAGAAUGAGGCCAAAGAAAUUGGCCCCCGGUCAGUGAAGCGACCCAAAGCUUCACAUGCCCUGUCAGCGGAAAGGCGGUUGCUGGGCGUCGAUUCUGAGUCCGAGGAUGGAUCCAACAACAGUGAGGCGAGUGGCUACAACACCGAUGCACAGGAAGAACACCGUCUGGAAACUUGGCAAGGCCAGAACUGGCAGAUUACUUUGACCCAAGAAGCUUUGCCAGAGUUUAACGAGGAAGCCAAAGCAGAGCCCCCUCCAGUCUCACAUGUUCAAGCCCCUCUCAGGAUCAAACCGGUCUGCUCUGCAGAGGUGACACAUGCAAAAGCAAUCCGCCAGCGAAGGAGUGAAGCAUGGGGCGUAUUUCAUUUGGGGCCCAUCUACAGACAAGGUGUGCAAACAGGCUAUGGAGCUAUCUGUGGCUUACAUAGCAAUUUAGAGGACGGGCCAGGAAUCUAUUGCAGAAAAGCUUUGACAACAUCCGAGCUUUCCGAGGAAGACUGCCGGCUCCGUCUCGAACGUUGGCUUCCAGCCGGGUUGCAAGACAGUGAUUGGCCUGAGGGGCAGGGCCGCUCAAUGCACCUGUCUUUGGGCGGCCUGCGCCUGGUAGAUUUCAGCUCGGGCAAGCCAGUUUCCGAGAGUUGGAUCCAAACUAGUUCCAAGCUGCCAUGGAGCCGGAUCCACUUCCCCUCAGUGACUCCAGCAGUUACUAGCAAUGAGCCUGCUAGAGCGCGCCGUGUCAAGAAGAGACAGGCCGCCAGCACAGCUGGCGGAAGUGAAGUGUUUCCGAUUUCAAUUGAGUACAGCAAGCCUUGUGAGUGGCGUGAGUGGCGUGAGUGGCUCAGAGGGCGCUUUCUAUGUCAUGGAAGCGCUUUCCAGCGCAUACAGCCUUGGCAAGGAGACCUGCGGAUGCCGGCUCUCCAUGAAGCACUUUUCUCAUGCGAGAGCAACAAGGACAAACAGCGAUGGAUCCAAGCGGCUCUAAAUUGUGGACCUUUGAUGCCAGCCCUCAGCCCUUUGAAAUCGGCUUGUGAAAGCAGUGACGGGGAAAGCGAGCUGCUUCAACUUGGCUACAUCUUCCAGGACAUCGAGACGCUGGGCGGCUGUGAAGCUCAUUGCGUGGUUCAUGGCAAGCUUUGCCCAGUGCCUGGCUGUGACCUUUUGGUCAUUGGGUCCUCCUGCGAAGAUUUAAGCAAGGCCAAUCCAAAGAAGGAGACACAAAAGUUCGUGUUCCAGCAGAGCAAUUCAUUGGGAAGCUCAGUGCAGACUUACCACGGUUUUACCAGCUAUGUUGCGGUUCACUCACCUGGGCUGGUGAUGUACGAAAAUGUGGGUGGGCUUGGGGAGCAAAUUGGGGCACAUGCCCAAUCCAACUUGGAUGUCUUGAUGCAAACCAUGAAAGAAUUGGGCUAUACCGGCCAGCCUUUGCGAACGGAUGCUUCGUCCUUCGGCUUGCCGGCCAGAAGGUUGAAACCUUUUCUGGAGGAGAGGAAAGAGAAGAGCGCCAAGGCUGCAUCGAAGAGCCCCAAGUCUUCCGGCAAUUGGGCAGACCAACACAUGAAGUUUGCAGAAGCUGAAGGGUUGCGAUGGGGACAGCCAUACCCUCAAGAACUCAAGUUGAAUCCGUGGUUUGAAACCUUGACAGCCAGGGAACAGGACGUGCUGGCUUUGUCCAGGGCGCAAGCCCCGGAUGCUGGCUUCAGAAAUGUUUCCCAAUCGCUUGGACGGGUGCACACUGCCAGCUGGUGCAAAGAUACCAAGAAGCGUGUUGCCCCAACAAUGCUUCCAGGUCAGCUGCUCUUUCUCGAGCUGGUUAAGCCUCCAAGAUUGAUGUUGGAUCAAGAAGCCCUUUUGUUUCAAGGAUUUCCAGCACCUCAGUUUCUGAAGCUGGUAGAGACGGAAGGCAUCGAUGUCUACGAAUGCUCUGCUGCGGCAAGCGGCUCAGUCCGAAAGCGGUCUGGCCCAGGAAGGAAGUGGCUGACAGAAAGCUUGACGGCUGACCUUGCAGGGAAUGCCAUGGCUCUGCCAGUGUUGCUUGCGAUUGUGCAGAGUGCUGUGGCCUCCCUGCUGUUCAGACCUGAUUCCCGAGCGUCCACACGGGAAGAAACAGCCGAUGCUCUCUCUGCAUUGGGAAUCUUCGCUGAUUUGUGA